UGUGUCAUUUUCAUUUUGUUUUGUUUUGAUUGUAAAGAAACAAACCAUCAAAAUCUCUGACUCAAAGAAAAGAAUCACGGUCUGGAUCUGACCGUAAUAAUACAUCAUCUAGCGAAGCACGAGAGAGAGAGAGAGAGAGAGAGAGAGGUUUGGCGAGGAGAAGAACGAUCAUCGAUGAUACUCCUGCAGUCCCAUUCAAGAUUCUUGCUUCAAACUCUCUUGAAUCGCCUUCAAAAUAUUGAAAAAGGUGUUGAACUCGAUCACCACUGGGUUGAGUUUGACGAUGUUCGAUAUCAUAUUCAGGUGUCAAUGAAGAAUCCUCAUAUUUUCUUGCUAUCGGUAUCGUUGCCUACUCCAUCUUCAGAAACUAUUUUUGAAAGUGGACUUCCUUUUGGAGCCAUUGAAGCAAUAAAAACUGCAUAUGGCAAUGUUGUGCAAAUUCUUGAUCCUCCGAGGGAUGGCUUCAACCUCACAUUGAAGAUAAAUCUCUCAAAGGUUCCUGCAAAUCAAGACCAAAGACAAGCACUUUUGGUAAAAGUUGCAUCAAUAAGGGAGGUCGUCCUCGGUGCACCACUAAGAGUAAUUUUAAAACACCUCGCUUCAAGAACUGUUGCUCCGGGUAUGGAUCCACUUGUUGCUCUUGUUCAUCGGCCAAGGGAGUCUUUUUUUGUUUUACCUAAGGCUGAUAGGGUGACUGUGGUGUAUCCUAUGAGAUUCGGUGAUUCGAUAGACAUUGUCCUUGCAACUUCAUUCUUGCAGGAAUUUGUUGAAGCCAGGCGUGCAGCUGGACUUAAUAACACCCCUCCUUGUUUGUGGUCUCAUACUCCUCCACCGGAACUGAAAGGAGUAUCUACUGAUUCAUUACCUGCUAAUGCAGGAUUUGUAUCAUUUGUUAUCUUCCCUCGUCAUGUUGAAGGCCAGAAACUGGAUCGGACAGUAUGGAGUCUAUCAACUUUUCAUGCCUAUGUUAGUUAUCAUGUUAAGUGCUCUGAAGGAUUUAUGCAUACCAGGAUGCGUCGUCGUGUGGAGUCCUUGAUUCAGGCUUUGGAUCGUGCUAAACCAGACCCUGAGAUUGCAAAGAGAACUUCACAUAGCAGAUCCUUCCAACGGCUGAGUCUCAAGGAUUCAAGAACCAACUCUUUUUCAUAAAGAUGAAGCUUGAUGAGAAAGUAAAGAUGUUCGGCUUUUUUGGACUACACAAUUGCCAACCAAGGAAUUGCUGGUGCAUGUUUGCAGAAUGUUCCAUGUGCUUGUAACUUGAAGAUAAGAUUCCUCAUUUGACCUCUACAAGCUCAGCAUCUAAUGAAUUGCUGGCUUACUCUUGCAGACUGCUCCAACAUGCCUGUAAUUUAUUCGUAGAAAAAAAGGAUACCAAUACAAGAUAAACGUCCGAUUAAAUUAGUUAUUAAAAAAAUGUACAAUUGUUUAUCUUCUAAGGCAUCCUCUUUUAGUGUAAAUUUGUUAAUUCAAGUUUGAACUUGUGAAUGAGGUGGUAUGGAUAGGUUGCUUUAGCAUUUUGUGGGGUUUUAAAUUUAAAUUUUAAACAAAUGUAAGAGCAUGCUCUUGCCAGUUGCAGUUCAAAUUCAUUGUGUUUAGUAGUAAAACUACCCAUGAUUUUUCAAUCUCA